CAAGAAAAAUAAGCAACCAUCCCCACAGAGCUCCCCGACGGCAUACGAGAGAAAGCGAGAGGUGUAUUGCGAUUUCCAUUUUUCCGCCCAACAGGGAGACAAUGGCGUUGAACAGUGGUAUCAGAUCUGCCUCAAAGCUGAUAACCUCUUCAGAAUCACUCAUAUCGAGAUCAGUGACCAGAGAGUUUCAUUCCACUGGAGUGAAGAGAAUGGGGGGAGGACACGGACAUGAUGAACCAUACUACCUCCACGCAAAGCACAUGUACAACUUGGAUAGAAUGAAGUAUCAGGGGUUGAAGAUGUCUCUUGCUGUUUUCACAGCCUUCAGCAUAGGUGUUGCAGUUCCUGUCUAUGCUGUCAUUUUCCAGCAAAAAAAGGCGGCAUCUUCUUAAGCAAAGCAAUGAAACGCAGCUCCUGAGUUUCAAUAAUAGAAAAACUUUGAAUUACUCAAAACUGCUGCCCUGAGUUCUGAUUUGGUGACAAUUUCACAUAUUUAAAUUUCAUUUCUUUCCGUCAGCUUUUUUAAAUUGUUGGUAUAAUCUUGGAAAAUAGGGUUUCUAGUUCAAUGCAUUCAAUAAUAACACUUCCCUGUUUGGAUCUAAAGUUGGUAUGUUGUACUUGUAUUCAUUUAACAUUUUUGCAAUAGGGAUGGUGUUGGGAAUUGUCUGAUUUUCAGUACUUGCCAAAGUUACACAUAUAUUGGUGUUGUUUAUUCUAUAAAGGGAAAUCCUGGUGUUGAGAGAUGUA